GAUUCCGUAAUCUGACCCUUGCACCUGCUACAAUACCCCGGAUGUUCGAGCGCCAUUUUGAAUGUUGAAACCGAAGAAAAGCUGGGAAAACAGUCCGAUCGCCUCCCCAACUGGCGUGAUCACCCCUUCUCAACCGUCGGGGUUACUGUAACCGAUGUAAAAGUCGGGUUGAUAAUUGCUGACACGGUUGUUUCGUGACGUACACCGCCCUGGGACUCCCGGGCACAGCGAGCCCCGAAGUGACCCUUGACUUGUCGGUGCGGUCUCACAUCUUGUGCGCUAUACCUGAGCGCUUCCUCUGUCUAUCCACCGCCUCGGGGGACUAGGUGUGCUGCAAUUAUUUCAAGUAAAGAUUCCAGUCAGGGGAGUGAUUCGCCAUGUUUUCACGCAAGAAGAAAGACAAGGAUAAAGAGUCAAAGGAGGAGCGCAAGAAGGAGAAGAAAGACAAGAAGGAGAAAAAGGAGAAGAAACACAAGUUCUUCUCAAGGGGAGAACGAAGGGACCACUCUGGUAUGAGCCACGAGGAACUGGCUCAACUGGAGGAAUCUGCUCUGAAGCGAGGAAUUUUUAACGUAUCUCUCACACGGCGUAAGAAACACCAGCCCGACACAGAUUCGCUGGAGAACCAGCCAAUGGCGACACAGGCGAGCGACAGCAGCGAGACGUCCAGUCUCAGUUCCAUGGGGCGGGGGUCUGGUCAGUUCCCAGGGGAGGCUCUCGAAGGGGCUACGGCAGCACCAGUUCCGCCCCGCCGCAGUUCUGAAAACCGACCCCCCGUUCCUCCGAAACCCGCAGCACGACCAAAGAAAGGAAUUCUUAAGUCAAGUUUUGGAAAAGCGGAUAAGAUGCGAAUCUCGGCAUCUCUCGACGACACCCACACUUUGGCUCGGAAUACGGUAAUGAAUGAGAAUUUGUUCUCAGGAGACGAGGAGCAGCCAUUGGAGGCUCCUCCUCGCAAGAAGAUAACCAGUCCGAGAGCAGCCCAGGCAGAGGUACCGCUGUUUCCGACAUUGGGCGAGAAAACUUUCAACGCUGAUCUCCGGCUGCCCGCAGUAGCCCCGCCCAAACCACCUCGGUCGCGGGACAUCAACAUCAACCGACAACCGACGGGAGAUUUCGGUUUCUCUCUGCGGAGGGGCGUGAUCGUAGAAAGAACCUACGAUAACAAGGAGCUACAGAAGGUUGUGCACUUCGCCGAGCCGACCUUUGCGAAGAACAACCUGACUGGCCUCCUCCCUGGGGACCGGCUCGUGGAAGUGAACGGGGUGAACGUGGAGCAGUGCACGCGAGACGAGGUCGUGGAGAUGAUCAAGAAGUCUGGGGAUGCCGUCAAUCUCAAGGUGCAGCCGAUCCCGGAGUUGAGCGAGCUUACCUCGCGUACGGGCAGCGAAGCGGAGACCCCAGCGGAGCAGUCCCCUGUGCACACCGGCACGCUAAAGAGGAGUGGCAGCAUGCGAUACAAGAAGGACAAAAGGCCCAGAAUCUACUGGUGUUUAGACGAGGUGUUCAUCAAGAAACCUGCACCAUGGAAACAACCAAUCACACAACAGGCUAAAUCAGAGGACCAGGUAGCGGAGGAGCAGUCCUGGCUGAACCAUGCAGAGAAGGUCUGGCUGGUCCACAAGGGGGGGUUCGCAGGAGCCGGGCUCCUUCCCAGUCAGGGAGACAUCCCUGAAGGUCGGGUCAAGGUCAAGUUGGACCAUGGAGGAGAGGUUUUGGAAGUGGAUGAAGAUGAUGUUGAAAAAGCAAAUCCUACACAGCAUGACAGAGCGGAGGACAUCGCAUCCCUGCGUUACCUGAACGAGUCAGGUGUGCUGCACACCUUACGGCAGCGAUAUGGCAGUAACCUUAUCCACACCUACGCUGGCCCCACGCUCCUGGUUAUCAACCCCAUGCACCCACUGUCCGUGUACUCUGACAAGGUGAUACAGAUGUUCAAAGGCUGUAAACAGGAGGACAUGCCCCCCCACAUUUACGCUGCUGCACAGACCGCCUACCGCAACAUGCUGUCCUCCCGGCUGGACCAGUCACUCAUCUUCCUGGGCUCCAGCGGGAGCGGGAAGACGAUGAACUCACGCCACGUGCUGCAGUACCUCGCCACGGUGGCGGGGACCGUCAACAGCAAAGUUACAGUUGAGAAGCUGAAUGCUGUGUGUACCAUUCUGGAGGCCUUUGGGAACAGUAAGACAGCCAUGAACAACAACGCCACCCGCUACGCUCACAUCACCACACUGGACUUCGACCACUCCGGGCAGGUGGUUUCAGCAGCCAUUCAGACCCUGCUGUUAGAUAAGAGUCGCGUUGUGCGGAGACCGGAGGGGGAGCUCAGCUUUAACGUGUUCUACCAGCUGCUGGCGGGAGCAGACUCCAUCCUGAAGAACGAGCUGUACCUGUCCAACCUGGAACCCAACAUCUUCAUCACUCCUCUGGAAAGGACUGAUGACCGUCAGAGAGCCAGCCUAGCCUGGGCCAGGCUUCAGGGUGCGAUGGAGGUGCUGGGCUUCACAGACGAUGAGCAGAAGGCCAUCUGGUCAGUCCUGGCUGCAGUCUACCACCUUGGGGCUGCAGGGGCAGUCAAAGGGUCCGCGAGUGUGGGAGCACAGUUUGCCAAGCCCAGCGCUGCCCAGAAGGCCGCUUCUCUUCUGGGCUACGAGGUGGAGGAACUGGCACAGUGCGUGUUCAAGGUGGGCGGGGCCGUCACCAGGGCGACAUCCUUCCGCGGAGGGGACAGGCCCGCGAGCAGCCCGACAGAACCCCCCAGUCCGGUGGAGCUGCUGGAGGGCAUGGCUGUGGGGCUGUAUGCUGAACUGUUUAAUGUCGUGGUCUCUCUGAUGAAUAGAUGUCUUGCGUCCACCUAUCGGUCGGUGUCUUCCAUGGUGUUGCUGGACGUCCCCGGGUUCCAGAACCCCCAGACCGUGGGGAGGGAACGGGGCGCCAGCUUCGAGGACCUCUGCUACAACUAUGCAAAUGAGCGCCUACAGCUCUCCUUCCACGAUACAACAUUCACUUCGCUGCAAGAUAGAUAUGCCCAGGAGAACAUAGACUGUAGUUUUGAGACUGUAACGUCCACCCCCGCCCCUAUGGUAGCUGUGAUUGACAAGCCAGGACAGCAGGGUUUGGAAAAGAGGAGUCGGACCAACCUGGACACCCAGGCGCUAGACCACAAGGGGUUGCUAUGGAUACUGGAGGAGGAGUCCCUGAUGCCAGGGGCAACCGAAGAAUCAUUCCUGCAGAGAGUAUACAGCUGUUACGGUGAUGGAACAAGUAGAAGAGAAGGGCUGGUGCACAGGGGAACAAAGAAGUCUUCCUUCAUCCUGAGACAUGCGCAGGGGAGCAACCCUGUACAGUAUGAUGUCACCAACUGGCUAAAACAUGCACGGGAGAGCCCAGCCACAAAGAACGCAGCCGGCGUGUUACAGGACUCACAGAAGGAGAAUGUCUGUGGUUUGUUUGCUGGUCGGCUGCCAACCUCCAACAUCUACUCGGGGUCCGUGGUCGGUCUGGAGAGCGCCUCCUCUCUCCGGCGGAUCUCCAGCAUCAGAAAGUCCUUCACGGGGGGAGCGGCCGCCGUCAAGAAGCGCUCGCUCUGCAUGCAAGUCAAGUACCAAGUGGAUGGUAUCAUGGACACGAUCAAGAGGACACGGACACAUUUCGUCUGCUGUCUAAUGCCACAAGUCAACGCCGGGCUGUGUGACCCAAAGAACGGGAUGCUGACCAAGUCGUCCCAGACCACGGCGACUGACACCGUGGACAUGCUGAACGUGCCGCUGGUGCGAUCACAGAUCCGCGGGAUGGAGAGUCUGGAGGCUGUAAGGACAUACAGACAAGGCUACCCUGAGCACAUGCUGUUUGGUGAGUUCAGACGCAGGUUCGAGGUGCUGGCACCAGCGGGAGACAGGCCAAAUGAACCUGUUCUGGAUGAGAGAAAGGCAGCGGAAGACCUCCUGUCACAUCUUGACCUUGAGAAGACGUCUUACAGGAUGGGACUCUCACAGGUGUUUUUCCGAGCAGGCGCGCUGGCCCAACUGGAGGACCAGAGGGAUGAGAAGACCACCGACACCAUCUCAAAGUUCCAGGCACACUGCAGGGGGUACAUCGCUCGCCAGAACCUCAAGAAAAUCAAGGUACAAGAGCUGGCCAUUCGCUGUAUCCAGAGGAAUGUGAAGAUCUACAUGGCCGUGCGCAACUGGCCCUGGUUCCGCCUGGUCACCAAAGUCCUACCUCUCCUUAAUGUGCACCGGACAGAGGACGAACUGAAAGAAAAACUGGUGGAGGUCGACCAGCUGAAGGCCAAACUGGAGAAAAUCGAGAAGGAACGAAACGAUUUACGACAGGCAAACAACAAGUUGGAGACCAAAGUUGCCGACCUUACCUCAGAGCUAUCAGACGAGCACAGUACGGCAAACAGUGCCUCCGAGAUGCUGGAGACAGAGACAGGAGAGAGGAUGAAACUAGAGAAGGAAAUGACACAACUACAGGACCAGAAUGACGGCCUUCAGCAGAAGAUGCGACAGAUGGAGAUUGAGCUGACACAGAUGCGACUGAUCAAGGCCUCACGGAUCGGAGCAGUGGAGAGCGAUGAAGAGGAAGAUGAAGGGGAGUCCAUCUACCGGGUGAAGUACGAGCGAGCCAUGCGAGAGAAUGAGUUCAUCAAGAAACAGCUUCAGCAGAAGCAUGAGGAUGAGAUGGAGCAGCACCUCACAGCCAAGAAACAGCUGGAGAGAAAGCUGGCAGAUGCACUUGAGGAUGCUGAGGAGCAGCAGCGGCAGGUGUCGAGUCUGAAGAAGAAGUGUCAGCGGGUCACGGCUGAGAUGCAGGACAUGAAACUGCACCUGGAGACCCAGCAGGAGAGGAACAGUCAGCUGGAGAAGAAACAGAGAAAGUUUGACCACGAUGUCCACAUCAUCCAAGAGGAGACAGUCAGGGAGAAGGCAGCCAAGGAUCGCCUGCAGCAUGAGAAGGACCAGAUGCAGACGGAGCUCAUGCGGCUUAAAAACUCCCUCGCUGACCGGGAGGCGGAGUACGACAACCUGACCAUCAAGACUCAGCGUAUAGAGGUGGAGCUGACCGAGAUGUCGUCUGCUGGCUCUCUGGAUGAUAAAGAGGUGGCCUCGCUGCGCCAUGCUAAGAGAGAUUUGGAGGCAAAGGUGAAGGACCAAGAGGAAGAACUGGAUGAGCAGGCUGGGCAGAUCCAGAUGCUGGAGCAGGCAAAGCUGCGUCUGGAGAUGGAGAUGGAGAAGCAGAAACAGAAGCACAACAAGGAGCUGGACUCCCGGGACGAGGAGGUGGAGGAGAUCAGGACUCAGAGUCAUCGCAAGAUGAAGCAGCUGGAGAUGCAGCUGGAAGAUGAGCGCAGCGAGAAGUCCAGCCUCCAGGGGGUCAAGCGGGAGCUGGAGCUGAAGAUCCGUGAGAUCGACGAGCGAGCGCCGAAACGUGACGUAGAGAAGGAGCUCCGCCUGAAGAAGGACCUGAAGAGGACGCGGGCCCUCCUGCAGGACGCACAGACCAUGAUAGAACACCUCAAGAUGAACGCUCCGUCCAAACAACAGCUCAAGCAGCUCAAGGGACAGCUGGAAGACUCGCAGUUCGCAUGUGCAGCUGCUGUGAAGGCCAGGAAGGCCAUUGAGUCUGAGCUGGAGGAUCUGCAACAUCAGCUGGACGAGACAUCAAAAUCAAAGAAUGAGGUGGAGCGUAAGAUCGGUCAGCUGGAGAGAGAGAAGACCGACCUGCAGAGUAAACUGGAGGAGGAUGGGGAGGAGAUGGCUGAGCUGCUGAAGAAACACAAGGCUCUGGUCGCACAGGCAUCCUUGGAUAAGACCCAGAUAGCAGAGGAUGCUUCACACAUCGCCGAGCUGAAUCAGCAGAAGGAGAACCUAGAGUCCACAGUAAGCGAACUGAUGGAUAAGCUGACUAUCAUGGAAGAGGGUCAGCUGUUUCCACAUAUUCGUGACCUUGAGUCGAAGCUUGACCUUGAGCGCACCACGAAACACCGGCAGGAGAUCCAGGUGGGGCGGCUGAAGGAGAACAUCCAGCGCCUGCAGGAGGAGCGAGACAACCUGGACGCCGCCAAGCAGCGGCAUCAGGAGAUCACGCGGCGCAUGGAGCGCCAGCUGCGCGACUCGCGGGAGGAGUUCUCGGACUUGCAGAGGAAGGAGACAGAGGCGACGCAGAAGAAACACGACCUGGAAAUGGAGAUUGCAGAGAUGGAGAGUAAGAAUGAAGGGCUCCAGGCCGACCUGAAGCUGGCGUUCCGACGAAUCGGAGAGCUCCAGGCGGCGCUGGAGGACGAUGUGUCGGACAGUGGGGAUGACGACAGCAGAAGUGAAAGUGAGAUCUCGGACGAUGAAGAGCUGACAGAGCUGCGUAAGAAGUUCCGCGCAAGAAGCCGCGACUGGAGUGACGACAGUGAGAGUGAAGGCGAAGAACCAAAGAGGCCCAGUCGCAAAAUUUCCUCAUCUCCCGAUGCCACUGUACCGAAGGAGAAUGGAGACUCGUCGCACCGUUCAUCAAACCGCUACAACCUGGAUGACGAUGAUUCAGUGUUUACGAAGAAGUCGUCAUGGAGAGAUUAUAUCAAUGAAGAUGACAACGAUGUAGACUUGGAGUACAAUAGAGAAACGAGGAGAGCUUGGAGGGAAAGCAGUGCUGAUGCCGACGACGAGGAAACGGUUGUUAAAAAGCGGACAAACAGGUCGUCUUUUUCCUGCCUGAACGACAUGGAGGAGGAGGAAGCCUCUGAUGUGAAGAAGACAACCGCUGUCAUAGAUAGCACCACAAAGACUGAGAAAAAGGUGACAAGUAGCACCGCGAAGACUGAAACAAAGGCGACAGAAGACGGGGUGGAGGAUGACAUAGAGGCGUCCAUCGAACGAGACAUUGCAGAGAUGAGAAAACGGCACCUACUUAGCAAGUCUUACAGUGAGGAGCAGGCGGACUCCCCUCCGGAAGACAGAAAAUGGAAGCUCUCGGACGGUACAGACUUAGACUCGUUACUUAAAGACUCCUCCUCACGACACAGUAGACUCACGCUGACAGACGAUGAGAAGGAGGAGAUAUCCACCAGACAAACGCGGAUAACGGAUAACGUGAACGACAGUCGUAGCAGUAGAGUCUCCGCCGUGAACGAAGAGAACCGCAUUCGCAAGAGCAGGUUGCUUGACGACGGUCCGGACGACACGGUUACAAGAAAUCGGCGGCUGCUCGAUGACGAGAUUUCUUCCGAUGUACCUAAAGACGGCCUAGGUUCAGGAACUCGGACCCUACACAUAGGUGGCAAGACAGAACCUUCAGAUAACAGCCUAGACCAGGUGGAUGCUGCAGUGUUACAAAGUCCCAGCUCCACUCUCACCAAGUAUAGAACAAGGUUCCAAGACCCAGAGCUUGCCUUAUUGCUAAACGAUGAUAACGAUGAGAGUGACACUACAUCAUCGCUGUCUAAGAAAAGUAAAAAGUACUCUGAGCUUGAAGACAAAGAUUUCCUACCCAAGUCGAAAACUAGAUUGUCCUCCCCUCGAACUGACGAUGACGAUGAUGACAUAAUGAAAUAUUUAUCGAAACGAUAUAAAGGACGUUCAGAGUUAGAAGACAAGGACUUUAUGCCAAAAACAAAAACCAGGAUCACGUCAGACUUUGACGAAGACUUUGUCCCGUCUAUGGUCAUCUACGGAUCAAAGGGCCGCUCAGAGCUAGAAGACAUGGACUUUCUUCCCAAGUCUAAGUCAAAGUUGUCAGCAAAAGAUGGGGUUGAAGAUGACAUUUCUUCCCUGCUUUCUAAAGGGAAGAAAACUCUUUCAGAACUGGAGGACAAAGGCAUUCUUCCUGUAUCCAAAGUACAGUCUUCAAUCAAAUAUGAUAAACUGGAGAAUGGGGAAAACGAUAGUGUAGAAGGGUCUGGUAAAAAUACUAAAGAUUCAGACAUAAAAACGGUAAAAGAGACAGAACCUACCAUUGAUCUAUCAGAGGCACAGAAGUCAUCAGAAACUAAAGGUCUGUCUGUGCAGCCUGUGGCUGAUGAAGUAAAGGUGGAGGCUUCGAAAGAUGAUGACAGCAAAUCUUUAACCCCAACAAAAACAAAAGACCUGAUGGAUGAUGAUGAAGUUGCAUCUUUGUUAGCUAAGAGGAAGAAAGGCCAGUCGGAGGAAGAGAAGAAAAAUGUAAGCCCAGAACUGUCACAGGCCGUCACGGCUGCAGAUCUGAUGGAGCCAGACGAUGUGGCGUCUUUGUUAGCUAAACGUAGGAAAGGUCAGAGUGAGUUAGAGAACAAAGGAAUACUGCCCAAGACUAAAUCUGAGACAUCGUGGCUGGAUAAGGAGCUUCCCGCUAUUGUUAAGGAGAAAGCAGGACCAGAUGCACCAGAUAAAGAUGAGGUGAAAAUAAAAACAGAAAGUGAGAAAGAGAAAAUUGUUAAGGCCAAGGGCAAAACUACAGAGCCUGCCAGUGAGGAGAAACAGAAAGUAGCAUCAGAUUUGUCUCCAGCCACUAAAGAUGAAGAACUGACAUCAAAGUCUACAACUUCAAAAUUGGUAUCUGAAGAACCAAAGCCUGUAAAAGUCACCAAGGAAGUUAAAACAGAAGAGCCAACUGAUGACAAAGCUGUAAAGAGAGUGUCCUUUUUGGAGAAAUACACUGAAAUAGCCCUUGCUAAGGAUGAAACCUUACCAACUCUGUUAGCCCAAGAAUCCAAGACUGUUUCUAAGACCAGUCAAGAAACAAAAACUGUUUUUGAGGCAGACAAGGAAGCUAAAAUUGUAUCGAAGGCAGACAAAGAAACUAAGAAUAUUUCCAAGGUAGCCUCAGAUACUAAACUUGCAACAAAGAAAGAUCAAGGAAUUUCUAAUAUUCAGUCUCCAACAGUCUCAAAAGCAAAGGAAGAAAUUAAAACUGUUUCCAAGACAGCCCAAGAAGUAAAAACAACCAAAACAAUUCAAGACACAAAAACAGUUCCGAAGAAGCUUGAAGAAGUUAAAAGUGUACCUAAUGUACAUAGAGAACCAGCACCAGUUUCCAAAGUUGUUAAAGAAACUAAAUCCAGUUCUCAAGAAGUUGUAGAGGAGAAACAGCCAAGCCUUACAGAGGCCCUUCGAGCUGCAAACAAGCAAAAUAACCUUGAAUUGUUAAAGAGUAAGGUUGAGAUUAAGAAUGAGCUGCAGAAGAUUUCCCUGGAUGUACAGGAGCUGAUGUCUGCAGCAUUCCAACCCAGAGACUCUGACACUACAGAUAAGAAGGCAGGAAGGGUCACUACCACCUUAACCAAGGAGUUACAGUCUCCCACCAAGACUGAGAAAAAGCCUGUUGCUGCAGAUAGUGGUACAUCGCAGCCAAAGAAAAGAGUGGACUUUAGGUCCCCUACAAAAGCCAAAUCAGAAUUUUCUUUUGAACCCCAAGCUAAAACAGAAGGAGCCGUUUCUUCUGAGCAAAAAGUUAGAAAAGUUUCCAGUUUGACCACCGAGUUGAGACCAACUCGCCAGGGUACCAAAGAAAGUAAACCUCCAGAUCCAAAACCUCCUGAACCACCCUCUCAACAUCCUCAUGUUCCAAAAUUCAAAAAGAUCACUCCACCUGGAUCUUUGGAUGGUGAACUGUCUCAUAGUCUGUUUGGGCUCAUGAACAAGCCAUCAAAAUUCAAGAGAGGGAAAGUUUCUGCUCAGUUUGAAUCACAGAGUCCUAAUGUUGAAUCUGCACCAAAGGCUUCUAAAACAUUUUCCAGUUCCAAAAAUACUGAAACAGCUAGAAAAGAGACAACAGUUCCAUUGGAUAGCAAAGUCAUAAAAGCUGAUAAAGACAAGAUAACUGUCCAGAAACCUUUAAAGCAAGCAGAAGCCAAAGCUGAAGUUAAGAAGGCUGUGUCUGAUGAAAGUAGAGUUAAAGAAAAUAGAAAUGUCCCUGAUGUGAAAAGGGGAAGAUCAAGGGACUCACCAAAAUCCCAGGAAAGGCGUACGGAAGCCUACAAGGCAGCUACAAAAAUCAACGAGCCGAUAAAACCAAACCCGAUCAUGAUUCGACAACCUUCCCUUCCUCAAGACAUCGAACCACCCACCGAAUUCCCUAAAGAGUUAGUGAAGUAUGGUGCCGGUGUCAAGGAAGAAACUCCAAAAAAAGCCAGUGGCCCCAAGAAAAAGCCCUCAGCUGUCUUACAAGCUGCACUGUUCUGGGAGUCUAGAGUUGAUGUAAAAAGAUCAGGUAGCCCCGUGCCCAGACCUUUUAGUCCUGAACCCCAAACAAAUGGCAAGAAGGCAAGCUCUGGUGGGGUAGGCAAGCAGGGUGCAGCACAGAGUGAGUCUCAGCUAUUUUCUAAGCCCACCAUGAUAAGAAAGCACAGGCCCUGACUCCCAGGAGUUGAAGUAGCCCCCGUGCGACACACCAAGAUCACUAAACACGCUCCUCAGGUACCCAAGACGUUCACCUCCACAGCCAAAGUCUCCUUUUCGCGCACCCCCUCCACGUCCAAACCUGAACCUCCCCCUCGGUCGCC